UUGAGUCGAUUUCAGUUUUCAUGCGCUAACGGACGAUGCAUACCGAUCUAUUGGCUCUGUGAUGGCGACAACGACUGCUACGAUGGCACGGAUGAGGAUAAAGAGCGAUGUCCUCCCAUGCAGUGCCGCAGCGAUCAAUUCAGGUGUGCUAAUGGUCGACAAUGCAUUUCACUACGGAACCACUGUGAUGGGCAGAAUGACUGCGAAGAUGGCUCUGAUGAGGACAGCUGCGUGACUCAGCCGAACGCCUGCACUGCAGAGCAAUUCGAGUGCAAAUCAACUGGUCUUUGUAUUCCGGCUACGUGGAAAUGUGAUGGACAAAAG